AUGAAGCUAUCUCUCCUCUUUUCUCUUGUUGCCUUUGCGGUGUCGGCCCUCGGCAGUAAGCCGACUCCCCCGGCCCUGACUCUUCUCUUCAGUGCUACUGUGAACAAAGGCUCUGCUCUUAUUAUUGAAAGUUCUUCGACCGGUCUGAAAGCUGUUCAGGCUAUUACUGAUGGUUCUUUUUCGGGUCCAAAGAUGAAGGGUACCGUCACCACUGGAAUUGCAACAAGUGUCAAGGGACCCAAUGGGCUCAAAGUCGAGGCUACCUUUGUCUUGCAGACGAGUGAUGGGGCUAAUAUCUUGAUUACUGAGAGAGCGGCCAUUCCUUAUGUUGAGGCAAUCUUUGAGACAGGUGCGGAGGCAUAUGACUGGCUCAAUAACGUCACUGCAUGGGCGACGCCACGCAGUUUGAGCAAUAUUGAUUAUCUGGACUACUGGCAGGUCGCCACGGCCUAG